CUCCACGAAUUUUCAAACUUAAAAGAAAAAUGACAAAAACAAAAAAGAAGAAAACACACACAGAGCAUUCAAAUUGAAAAAUUCCAGAUUAAGAAAACCCAAAAUAACGAUACCCCACGCGCCACCGAUAAAAUGGAACAGCCGAAGCCGGAGAAGGAGCAAGCCAUGCGAGCCCCAGGGCAGGACCCAGACCUGAAACUCGAUCCGAAAGAGGCGGGCCAUGCGACGAAUGGGGACGGGAAGUGGACGAGUUUGGUGAUUGGAUCGGAGUCUCAGAGCGAGAGUCAGAGUGAGGGACAGACCCAGGCUCAGACUCAGACCGAGACCGAGCCAUCCACGACCCGAACGGCGUCGCUCGGAUCGAGGAAAUCGGUGCGCUGGAGCCCCGAACUGGUGACGGAAUCGCCCGCCAUGUCCUACCCCAGCGGAUCCAGCCCCUACGUGUCUUCUUCCCCUGUUCCCUCCUCUUCCUUCUCCUUCAAGGAUACGGUGGAUACUGUACGGAACGUGCUUGGGAGGUGGGGAAAGAAGGUCGGGGAAACCACUAGGAAGGCUGAAGAUCUCGCUGGAAACACUUGGCAGCACUUGAAAACCGGCCCUAGUUUUGCUGAUGCUGCAAUGGGAAGAAUUGCACAGGGAACAAAGGUCCUAGCAGAAGGUGGUUAUGAGAAAAUUUUCCGGCAAACUUUUGAGACUGUUCCUGAAGAGAAACUUCAGGAUUCAUACGCAUGUUACUUAUCCACGUCAGCUGGUCCAGUCAUGGGAGUUUUAUAUGUAUCCACAGCAAAGCUUGCGUUUUGUAGCGAUAAUCCUCUUUCAUAUACAGUCAAUGACCAAACUGAAUGGAGCUAUUAUAAGGUAGUUAUCCCAUUACACCAGCUUAAAGAUGUUAAUCCUUCAUCAAGCAGAGCCAACCCUACUGAAAAGUACAUUCAGGUUAUCUCUGUUGAUAACCAUGAAUUUUGGUUUCUGGGCUUCUUAAACUACAACGCUGCUGCGAAAUUCCUACAGGAAGCUUUGCAAGCCAGCAACUUACAAUCUGCAUGAUACCUGCUUUUGUGGCUCAUAGUUUCACUUUAUUGUACACUGUGCUUCAUGUAACUCAGAAGUUAAUAGAUUAGAUAAUUUUAUUACUUGCUGUUUUUGGGACCAUAGAUUGCCACAUUUAUUUGAGAAUUCUUGAAAUUCCUUUGUUAAUGAAACAAAGUAACUGUAGAGUUUAUGUUUUGGUAUGUUUUGGGAGGACAACUACAAAGGUAUAUUUUUUCUUCUUCCUCCGUCCGGUACUUGAGAUUGCCACAUCAGCAUUGUAAAAUAGUUGUGAAAUAGUGAUUUCUAGCUGGAUUCUUUCUUUUGGCCAAA